CAACAAGUUAAUAAAAUGCACAGAGCCCGACUAAAUCUUCUCAGUACACUCUUCUGCCUGGCAGUCCUGGCUAAUCCAUGCUUGUCAGCGUCGGUGAAGAGCAAGGAUUGGUGGGAGACGGCGCAGUUCUAUCAGAUCUAUCCAAGAUCAUUUAUGGACUCAGACGGUGAUGGCAUCGGAGACUUGAAUGGCAUCACGAGCAAACUAGAAUACCUCAAAGAUCUGGGCGUGACUGCCGCCUGGCUGUCACCCAUUUUCACCUCACCUAUGGUGGACUUUGGCUACGACAUUUCCGACUUCUUCGACAUCCAGCCAGAGUACGGAACUCUGGACGACUUCCGAGCGUUGAUCAAGAAAGCCAAAGAAUUGGAUCUGAAGAUCAUACUGGACUUUGUCCCAAACCACUCGAGUGACGAGAACGAGUGGUUCAAAAAGUCAGUGAAAAGGGAGAAGGGCUACGAGGACUACUACGUGUGGCAUGAUGGAAAGGUGAAUGCUGAGACGGGAAAGAGGGAACCGCCCUCCAACUGGCUACAGGCCUUCCGUGGCAGUGCCUGGGAAUGGAACGAGGAGCGGCAGCAGUACUACUUGCACCAGUUUGCGGUGCAACAAGCGGAUCUCAACUACCGUAAUCCUCUGGUGGUGGAGCAGAUGAAGAGGGUUUUGAGGUACUGGCUGGACCUUGGAGUGGCUGGCUUUCGCUGUGAUGCGGUUCCAGUGCUCUUUGAGAUUGAAACAGAUGAGAACGGACAGUAUGCGGACGAGGAGGUCAGUGGGUUGACAGACGAUGUCGACGCUCGCAAUUACUUAAAGAGCGACCUCAUCGAGAACCGAGUGGAGACCAUCGACAUGGCCUACCAGUGGCGGGUGGUGAUGGACGAUUACCAGCGCAUUCAUGGCGGCGACACGAGGGUCCUGCUGAUUGAAACUUACGCACCUCCCGCCUACACCAUGCAGUUCUACGGUAAUCGCUCUGUGGAAGGCGCCCACCUGCCCUUCAACUUCAACCUGAUCACGGGGCCCGCCAGCGACGGCGUCUCCGCUAGCUCCAUCAAGACAGCCGUGGACAGCUGGCUUAAUAACCUGCCCCCGGGUCGCACGGCCAAUUGGGUGAUCGGCAAUCACGAUCAGCGGCGGGCAGCCAGUCGCUAUGGAGCGGCCAAUGCGGACGCCAUGAACAUGCUGGUGAUGAUCCUGCCAGGGGCAAGUGUGACCUACCAGGGCGAGGAGCUGGCCAUGACCGAUGGCGAGAUCAGCUGGGAGGACACACAGGAUCCGGCUGCAUGCAACUCCAAUGCCGAUAUCUACGAGCAGUUCACCCGCGAUCCCUCCCGCACUCCCUUCCAGUGGACGAGCGGCACAAAUGCGGGCUUUUCCACUGGCCAGAAGACCUGGCUUCCGCUGGCCCCGGACUACGCCACUGUAAAUGUGGAGACGGAGUCCUCGGCCGAGCGUUCUCACCUGAAGAUCUACAAGGCGCUGGUGGAGCUCAGAAAAGCAUCGACAACACUGCAGAAAGGAUCAACGAAGUAUGGGGUGCUCAAGGAGAAUGUGUUCGUAGUGAAACGCUACCUCUCUGGCUCCGAGUCCAUCGUUUAUGUGGCCAAUUUGGCCAGCAAGGGAAUCACAGUGGAUCUCUACGAGUUCGACAAGACCUUGCCAACGCAUCUCAAUCUGCUCAUACGCAGCCUGCAGUCCUCCAAAAAGGAAAAUGCAUUGUUCGAGGUGUAUGAGCUGAGUCUGGCUGCCGGUGAGGCCUUAGUGUUGAGCACCAUAUGAAGCAAUUGAAGCAGCUGAGGCUUUUCCGGGUUCGAUUGAGCCCCUUUGCUGAUGCGAUUUCCCAUCGCACUCACUUCAGAAAUACUUUUAUCUUUGACUCAAAGCAAAUAUGCCGCGGCUUGCAUAAAUAAAUGAAUAAGUACAGAAAAAACAAA